AUGCCGGAGAUCAAGAUUACCAAUGUUGAUUCAGUGAUUCAGUAUGCUGAAUAUAUUGGUUCACUCCGCAGUAUCCGCUGGAAGAGAAAGGGAAUGUUUGGCUUCUUCAGAGUAUACCAAGCUGGCCAUUUCGUACCCAUCGACCAGCCACGCACGGCUCUUUUCAUGAUCAACGAUUUCAUCGAUGGUACUCUCGGACCAUUGCCUAGGAGAGCCGUUAUGAGCGGAGGCAGUGCGGAGCUCUGA